CUACCGCUGCCACUGAUUUGCGGUGGUUGCCGCCCAGCGCUAAUUGCUCCAGGUGUGUUGCUAAUUGUUGCGGUGGUGGUAAAAGGCUGCGGUGCUGCUUUCUAAUCGAACUGUACAUCUCCGAUCAUACUUUUGCAAACUUUAACCGUCGUUAAAAGUGUUCUUCUCCAUGUGACUUUUAUUUCGGCGCACUCAUGCCACUGUGAAGAAAGAUGCAUGCUAUGCUUAACUUCUCGACCUUUGACAACCUGUCGAGUGUUGACCUCCAGAGUCUGCAGGAGCAGAGUCACCGGUCCAUCAAAAUAAUGGAUGAAGAUGUGUCCAUGCAUAGACUGGAAGGAACUGAUCCAUCUGCUGAAGUUGGUGGACUGAUAGUAAAGAAGAAGAGUGCUGUUGCAGAGCCUCAUGUUUUUCGGGCACCCACCCCACGCACAUCUUUGCUGGGCUUGGAUCUGCUGGCAGCCCAGAAACGGAAGGAGCGUGACAAUAAGGAACAGCCAGAUGCUAGCAGCAAUGACAGAAAUAGAAAGAAGUCAAAGGUUUCCUCCUGCAAGGACUGGGAGGAAGGUAAAAGUGACUCUGGGUCUGAUGAAGAAGAAGAAGAAGAAGAAGAAGAAGAAGAUGAUGAUGAUAAAAAUAGAGGUGCUAAGAAGGAGAGCAGAAAAUACCGUGUGACGGGCUCUGAGACGCCCUCAAACCCUGGAGGGGUCAGUGAAGAGUUCAGACGCAGGCACCAGCAGAGGGAGAAGGACAGACGUGAGCACGGAGUCUACGCCUCCUCCAAAGAGGACAGGAACAAAGAAAGAGACAGAGAAAGGACCAGAGAAAAGGGCAAAGACCGAAGGAGUGAAAGAGAUGAGCGGGAGAGCAGUUAUAGUCGUGGCAGCAGUAGCCGGUCGGAGCGCAGUGAGAGGAGUGAGCACUCACAGAGGGAUGGCUGGUCUGAUCGCAUCAGCCGGGGGAGUAAGAGAGAUGAACCUCUGACACCCCAACAUCGCCCGAGAGAUGCUUUCACACCCUCACGCUCCAACUGGGAUGAGGAUGACAGUGGUUAUGCCAGUUCACGGCAUUCCCAGUGGGAGGCUCCAUCCCCGGCCCUGUCUCACAGAGAGCUCGAUCGCUCAGAGCGAAGUCAUCGCUCUGGCCGAGAGAGUGAGAGGAAGGACAGGUCAGUCAGAGGCCGUUACCCUGACGACACACCCUUGCCUACUCCAUCAUACAAGUACAAUGAGUGGGCCAAUGACAGAAGGCAUUUGGGCUCUACACCUCGUUUAUCACAAGGAAAAGGUAGGAAAGAAGAUGGUGAGGGAGGAAUUAUGUUUGAUAAUGAGGAUGAGAAAGAACAGUGGGAGGAGGACCAGAAGCAAGCAGACAGAGACUGGUACAUGAUGGAUGAAGGCUUUGAUGAGUUCCACAACCCUUUCACUUCCACCUCAGAUGAUUAUAUAAAGAAGAGAGAGCAGAUACUUCAGAAGCAGACUCAGAAAAGAAUAUCAGCUCAGAAGCGACAGAUCAAUGAGGAUAACGAGCGGUGGGAGACCAACCGUAUGCUGACCAGUGGUGUGGUGCAGAGGUUGGAGGUGGAUGAGGACUUUGAGGAGGACAACGCUGCUAAGGUUCACCUGCUGGUUCAUAACCUGGUCCCUCCCUUUCUGGAUGGAAGAAUAGUCUUCACUAAACAGCCAGAGCCUGUCAUCCCUGUGAAAGAUGCUACCUCUGACAUGGCCAUCAUCUCUCGAAAGGGCAGCCAGCUUGUCCGUAAACAUCGUGAGCAGAAAGAACGCAAGAAGGCACAGCACAAACACUGGGAAUUGGCAGGCACCAAGUUGGGGGAUAUCAUGGGGAUCAAGAAGACUGAGGAGGAAGACAUGUCUGGGGGCAAACCAGUGGGCGAAGAUGGCAAAGUAGACUACAGAGCAGAGCAGAAAUUUGCAGAUCACAUGAAAGAGAAGACUGAGGCCAACAGUGAGUUUGCUAAGAAAAAGAGCCUUCUGGAGCAGAGACAGUACCUGCCUAUCUUUGCUGUCAGACAACAACUUCUUAACAUAAUAAGGGACAAUAGUAUUGUGAUUGUUGUUGGGGAGACGGGCAGUGGGAAGACCACCCAGCUGACUCAGUACCUGCAUGAGGAUGGUUACACCAGCUAUGGCAUGGUGGGUUGUACUCAGCCCCGAAGAGUGGCAGCCAUGAGUGUAGCCAAGAGAGUCAGUGAGGAGAUUGGCACCAACCUUGGAGAGGAGGUGGGCUAUGCUAUUCGGUUUGAGGACUGCACAUCUGAGAACACACUGAUAAAGUACAUGACAGAUGGCAUCCUGCUUAGGGAGUCACUGAGGGAAUCAGACCUGGACCACUACAGUGCUGUUAUCAUGGAUGAGGCUCACGAACGCUCCCUGAAUACUGAUGUGCUGUUUGGCCUGCUACGUGAGGUUGUAUCUCGACGUACUGAUCUGAAACUCAUAGUUACAUCUGCAACGAUGGACUCAGACAAGUUUGCAGCAUUUUUUGGCAAUGUACCCAUAUUCCAUAUUCCAGGAAGAACAUUUCCUGUAGACAUCUUAUUUAGCAAGACACCCCAGGAGGACUAUGUAGAGGCAGCAGUGAAACAGGCCUUGCAGAUCCACCUCAGUGGGUUAGUGGGAGACAUCCUCAUCUUUAUGCCCGGGCAGGAGGAUAUCGAGGUGACAUCAGAUCAGAUUGUGGAGCGGUUAGAAGACUUGGAGAAUGCUCCUCCUCUGGCUGUGCUGCCCAUUUACUCCCAGCUGCCGUCUGACCUCCAGGCCAAGAUCUUCCAGAAGGCUCCAGAUGGCGUGAGGAAAUGCAUUGUUGCUACAAAUAUUGCUGAGACUUCCCUUACUGUGGAUGGAAUCAUGUUUGUCGUGGAUUCAGGAUACUGCAAACUUAAGGUUUUCAAUCCUCGCAUUGGAAUGGAUGCUCUGCAGGUUUAUCCUAUCAGCCAGGCUAAUGCUAACCAGCGUUCUGGCAGAGCAGGACGUACAGGACCAGGGCAAUGUUACAGACUCUACACUCAGAGUGCUUAUAAGAAUGAGAUGCUGACUACUACCGUGCCAGAGAUCCAGCGCACCAACCUGGCCAAUGUCGUCCUGCUGUUGAAGUCCCUGGGUGUUCAGGAUUUGCUCCUCUUCCGCUUCAUGGAUCCACCACCUGAGGACAACAUGUUAAACUCCAUGUACCAGCUCUGGAUCUUAGGAGCGCUGGACAACACAGGUGCUUUAACACCAACGGGACGUCUGAUGGUGGAGUUUCCCCUCGAUCCUGCCCUUUCCAAGAUGCUGAUUGUGUCCGUUGACAUGGGCUGCAGUGCCGACAUCCUCAUCAUUGUUUCCAUGUUGUCUGUGCCGGCUAUCUUCUACAGGCCUAAGGGUCGUGAGGAGGAGAGUGACCAGGUGAGGGAGAAGUUCUCAGUCCCAGAGAGUGACCACCUCACCUAUCUCAAUGUCUACAUGCAGUGGAAGAACAACAAUUACUCCAGCAUCUGGUGCAAUGAGCACUUCAUCCACACCAAGGCCAUGCGCAAGGUGCGUGAGGUGCGCUCGCAGUUAAAGGACAUCAUGGUGCAGCAGAGAAUGAACCUGAUUUCCUGCGGCUCAGACUGGGACAUCAUCAGAAAGUGCAUCUGUGCUGCUUACUUCCACCAGGCUGCCAAGCUCAAGGGCAUUGGUGAAUAUGUGAAUGUGAGGACAGGCAUGCCAUGCCACCUCCAUCCUACCAGCUCCCUGUUUGGUAUGGGCUACACUCCCGACUACAUCAUCUACCACGAGCUCGUCAUGACCACCAAGGAGUACAUGCAGUGUGUCACUGCAGUGGAGGGAGAGUGGCUGGCAGAACUUGGUCCCAUGUUUUAUAGCAUCAAACAUGCAGGAAAAAGCAGACAGGAGAACCGUCGGCGGGCCAAGGAGGAGAUCAGCAACAUGGAGGAGGAGAUGGCCCUGGCUGAGCAGCAACUGCGAUCACGUCGAGAGGAGCAGGAGAAGAAGAGCAACACCGGUAGUGUCAGAUCAGUGAAAAUCUGCACACCAGGAAGGCGAGAAGAGGCCCCCAUGACACCCAGACACACCCCUGCCCGCUUUGGCCUGUAACGCUCCACCUGGAAGUUAAAGCCAACCACCUAUGUCGGCUCUUUAGGACUCAUUGUCAUCCAUAUUGGACCAAGCCAACAUUAAGAGAAACAGCAUAACUUCAAGCUACCAUUUGUCCCUCCCUGCAUGGCCAGAAUCAUCUGCACUUCCUGUACAGACCACUAGAGUGAGAACUUGUAUAAGGCACAAGACUCAAAAAUGAGCCAGGCUCAUCAAAAUGCCUCCCUCCAUCUUCACCAUCUAAUAACUGCUUCCAUGAUACAUUUUAAAGGAGACCACACGAUGGCUGUUUUGUUUUUGAUAUUUAUAUUGAGUCACUGCGUAAGUACUUUUACAGACGUCUCUAGUGAUUUUACUGAAGCUAGAAAUCCCCCCAGCCCCCUUAUUGAUUUCAGAGGAAAACUGAAAUAGUAAUCUCAUUUCAACAUUACUUGUUUUUGUCAUUUUACUACACUCACUGGCCACUUUAUUAGGUACACCUGUACAAUUAUGCAAUUCAGUGCAACACUUCCAGCUUCACAUCUGUAUUUAGGAAGCUCAAAAUUUAUGUUUGUGUUGACAUUGUCAAAUGUAUUAAUUCAAUUAUAAAUUUAUUAUUGAGGUCAUAGUUAAAGGUGUGGUUGUACAGGACUACAUUAUAUUCAGAGGUGUUCCUAAUAUUCUGACCCUCUCAUGUAUGUACCUGGGGAAGACAAAACUAUAGCGACACCUUUGAACAUAAUGUAGUGCAGUACAACACUACCUUUAACUGACCUCAAUAACAAACAUUUUGAGCUUCAUAUACACAAACGUUAAGGUGGAAGUGUUUCAUUGAAGUACAUACAAUCGUACAGGUGUACCUAAUAAAGUGGCCAGUCAGUGUAUUUCUUGUACUGCUGUGACUUGAAGAGUAUCUGCCACCGUGAAGUGCUCCUCUACAGACUGAAGCACUAUUCAAACUGUACUUGUAACAUGAAUUCACACUCUAUAUUGAAUACCCCCUAAUAUACACUCACUGACCACUUUAUUAGGUACACCUGUUCAGUUGUAUGCACUUCCACCUUAACAUCUGUGUUUAUGAAGCUCA